UUUUCACAAUCACUCCCCUUCUUCCAGUUUUCAAUUAUUAUAUUAAAUUUCGAUUUGAAUGACAAGUAGGAUUUCUCCCUUCCCGCUUGAAUGAUCUAUCAAAGAACCAAAGCGAUUAAUCGAAAUCCAUUGCUCCAUUAUGCAAAGCAUGGCAGCACAGGUCGACCCCAUGAACGAAUUCAAAGGGCAACUUCAAAGCUUCGCAAGUGCAUUCCUUUCAUCACCGAACUCAAAGAUGUGGAAGACCCAGAGGAAGCCUUAUCUCUUUUUCACGAUUACAAGGAACGGGGUUUCAGGCACUAUUACCCUUCCUAUGCUGCUUUACUCUACAAACUGGCUCGUUCUAGAAAAUUCGAAGCCGUUGAAACCAUUCUUACUCAAAUGCAAGAGACUGACAUGCACUGCAGAGAGAGCGUUUUCAUGGCUCUGUUUGAACACUACGGCAAAGCGUCACUUCCUGAAAAAGCUUUUGAACUCUUUCGCAGAAUGCCUCGGUUCAAUUGCGUCCGCACGUUGCAGUCCUUCAAUGCGCUUCUCAAUGUUCUCGUCGAUAAUGAUCGGUUUGCCCAGGCCAAUGAUGUUUUUUAUCGAUCCUAUGAGAUGGGUUUUCGUCCAAACACGGUUACGUUCAAUAUAAUGAUCAAGGGCUGGUUGGCAAAGGGUGAGUGGGAAAAAGCAUGUGAGGUGUUUGAUGAAAUGCUUCAGAAAACAGUACAGCCGAGUGUUGUGACUUAUAAUAGUCUCAUUGGUUUCUUUUCUAGAAAGGGUGAUUUGGAUAAAGCAAUGGCCUUGCUUGAGGACAUGAACCAGAAAAGAAAACGCGCAAAUGAAGUAACUUAUACACUGUUGAUGGAAGGCUUGUGCUCUGUGGGAAAAUAUGAGGAAGCUAAGAAGCUAAUGUUUGAUAUGGCGUAUCGCGGGUGUAAACCUAGGGUGGUCAAUUUUUCUGUUUUGAUGAAUGAUCUCGGAAAGAGAGGAAAGAUUGAGGAGGCCAAGUCUUUACUCCAUGAGAUGAAAAAGAGGCGGCUUAAGCCGGAUGUUGUAGCAUACAAUAUAUUGAUAAAUUAUCUUUGCAAGGGAGGUAAGACAGCAGAAGCUUACAAAGUCUUAAUUGAGAUGCAGAUUGGAGGCUGUGAGCCAAAUGCUGCUACAUACAGGAUGAUGGUUGAUGGUUUGUCCCGGAUUGGGGAUUUUGAGGUAGGUCUGAAUGUUUUGAAUGCAAUGCUAGCCAGUAGACAUUGCCCGCGUUCUGAAACAUUUAAUUGUUUUGUUGUUGGCCUAUUGAACUCUGGGAAUGUUGAUGGUGCCCGCUUUGUUUUGGAAGAGAUGGAGAAGAGAAAGGUAGAAUUUGAUUCAGAGGGCUGGGAAACUAUAAUAAAGUAUGCUUGCAGUGAGGAUAAGGGUGCAAGUGGGCUUGUGACUAUACUUACAUCUCCAUCCAUCUAGUGCAUUUGGUAUGGGCCAAAUGUCUAGAUCUUUCGUGGUUAUUUUUCUUGUCUGUUCCAGGAUAUCAUUUUGAAUUCCCUUUACCCAGGUUCUAAUCCCAUAUGAUAGUAAGAUGGUGGUUUUCCUGGGACAUAUGUUCCAAGGUAGUAAUGAAUAGUUUCAUUUCAAGGUGAACAAAUUGUUUUCAAUGGUGGAUAUAUGUUGUUGCUUAGCUUAGAAGAUGAGUGGUAUUUGCUGGCAAAGAUGAAUGCAGAGUCUUGGGAGUUUGUAUCCGUGGUCUGAAUUUCAUCCCUGCCAAUUAGUUGGCUUAAAAAAUGUUUUGAUGAAACCUGAAAGAUAAGUCCAACAAGUUGACUCGACUGUUUAAGGGCCUCUUUAAAUUCUCCUGCUAUAUUUUGGUUGUAGCCCUUGACGAACAUGUACA